AUGUUUUCUUCCACCAACAAUCUCCACCUUUUCCCUGUUCAACACUACUUCGUCCCAUCUUCUUCCUCCUCCUCCUCCUCUUACCACCAGCUGGUUCCUCCUCCUCCUCCUCCUCCUCCUCCUCCUCCUGGGCCGGCGGUGGCGUGUCCUGCGAACAACGCGUUGGUCCUGCAAGAUCUGCAAAACCCAUUUGUUGGAGUGGGUGAAGAAGGAAGGAUGAAGAAUGAGGAAGAAGGGCAGUGUUAUUCUUGUGGUGUGAACCAAAAGAGCAGAAUGAAGAAAGAUCGGCAUAGCAAGAUUUACACAGCUCAGGGUUUGAGAGACAGGAGAGUUAGAUUAUCCAUUGAGAUUUCAAGAAAGUUCUUUGAUCUUCAAGACAUGUUGGGUUAUGACAAAGCUAGCAAAACCCUAGACUGGCUGCUCAACAACUCAAGAAAAGCUAUUAAGGAGUUGACAAACUCAAACAACAACAACAGCAACAACAACAACAACUUGUAUAACUUUGAUUCUGAAUUUGAGGCUCACAAAACAACAUUGCCUAAAUGUUGUAAGAAAAAUGUUGGAUUCCAUGAUGUUUUGGCCAAGGAAUCUAGGGCAAAGAAUUUCAAGUGUGUGCGAAGCCAUGGGAUAGCUGCAGCAACAACCAACACCUGCACUAACACUUACAUAUCCAUGGUGGUCUGCGGAUUUAAUCCCACUUUUUAUAUGUAA